UGCUGUUGAUUCAGUAUAUAUAGUUGUACGUCCAUCUCUGUGUUACAUUGUGAACAUUUCUAGGAUAAUAAUAAUAAUGUUUGCAUUGUUUUUUAAAGACGUUAAACGUUAAAUUUUGAGAAGAGGAAUGGUCAGAAUUGAAAUGGCUAUUAUGGUCUUUUAGUUCCUAAGGUCAAGCUCCAAAAACACUGGAUCCUACAUUUCCCAUAAUGCAACCAAAUGGCAGGCUUACUUUGUCAGACAUCUCCAGAGCCACAGACUUUAUAUAGGCUGAGACUGAGAACUUCUCAUCACCGUGAGCAAACUGACAUUUAUGUGUAAAAUUAGUGCAUUGCCUCUUUAGUUAUAAUUAUUUCAAUUUACUCUGCGUUUUACUGUGGUGGCUCUGGUACAUUCACAACAGUCUCAAAUCUUGCGGCGCAUCGUCUUCGGUAUUUUUACUUUGAAAAUCACGUCCGGAAGUACUCCUUUUAACCUCUGUGAGCUUGACGUUGUCCAGACGCACUCCUCCUGAAACGCAAUGUGCGCUGCUGUCCGUGUUGAAGCAGCGCAAGUGCCUUGAGAGGAGCAGAGGAGCUGAGGACCCAGGACCUGUCUGGACUGAACCGCUGCUCCAGCUGCUCCAGCUGCGCGCACAGCUGCGCGCACAGUUUUGGGUGUGACAAACAUCUUGUGUGUCAGACUGGGGCAUGUUUCCAGUUCCAGAUGUUCUGGGGGGCACGCGCUCACACAGCUGCCCCUGCGGAUGUCCAGUGAUUUGAUGUUGUGCUGAUGUAGCGCUGGUCAGGGGCUGAAGUUGAAGUCUUGCUCUUGAAGGUGUGAGCUCCAAAUGCAUUCGCUCCUGGGCCGGGAAAAGAAAGAAGAAGAAGCCGGGUUUGGGAUCGAGCUGGGUCUGUCUCCGGGCUUUUUGCCCCACGCUGCCACCAUGUUCAGCUGUGUGGGCUGCUUCUGGGUGCUCCUCUCCUCCGCUCUGGUCGCCGUCUGCAGUUUCAGCUUCAUAUCUCCUGCCUGGAUUGUUAAGGACCAGCUGAGGAACAGCCACCACCAGCAGCACCACCCCCACCACCACAACAAGGACUCUGUGAGCUUCGGCUUGCUGUGGCACUGCUCGGAGUCUCUGGACCACAUGUACCGAUGCUACACCUUCGGGGGACUGGGUAAAUUUGCAGAGAUCCCCUCCAGCUCCUGGCAGACCAGUGCGGUGCUGUGUUCUGGCGGCUGUGCUCUGCUGGCUGUCAGCUCCCUGUUGGCCAUCAUCACCAUCUUCCUGCCCAGCGGAGGAUGUGAGAGGAGGAUCUGCACCCUGGCUGGAUACAUGCAGAUGGCUGCAGUGUUCAUCAUGGCCGCCGGACUGCUGGUCUACCCCUUCGGCCUCAACUCCUCACUCGUCAGGUCCUUCUGCGGGGACUCUGACAUCUACUACGCCGGCGAGUGCCAGAUCGGCUGGGGCUACAUGCUGGCUAUUGUCGGAGUCAUGCUCACCGUCUUCUUGCCCUUUUUUGCCAAAUAUGCACCGAAGGAGCAGCUGUCCCCCACCCCUCUGCCCACGCUGUUAUAGUGCAUUGAAAUCUUGGUUUUUUUCCCCCUCCUGACCUGAGCUUGAUGUCGCGGAGAGACACCUGCAUCCCAUUUUUUAAAGGCGAUGCUGUUUGUGAAGCUGACACUCAGUGAUAACUGAAGCUGACACUCUAACAAACACUGUCUUCCUACAUCAUUAUGUAAUUAAUUCAAAUCCAGUUCAUUUAAAUGGAAUGUCUUAUGUUUCAAUAAACUGUGGUUAUAAGUUUUACCCUCAAAUCUGUCACGACUUUUCCACAGUUGGACUUCUCUGUUUUCUUCAUGUCAGCUCUGGGGAUCAGUCGAAGGAUGCAUCGAGUAGAAACCCCAUUUCACGCAGUUAAAGAAAACUUCCACAAACGUAACAAGUACUUGAUUAAAAUGUGUUUUUUUUCCCCCCUUCCUUUCAUUUGUGGAAACAAGUCAACAUUCAGUAAGCAACAUUCCUUACAGACAGGAAGUUGUCUGCAUAAAGACAGUGGAAGCAUGAGAUUAUGUGGCAGUAUGACUCGACCAGUCUAAUUAUGUUUAAGAAAGAGGUCGUGAAGAACAUUUGACUCCGAGAGAGAGACACUUUUUUGGCGUUUGGACUGUACAUAUGAUUUGGAUUUAACAGAGCUGAUGUCUGAGGCUUGAAAAUAACAAAAUUGAAAAGAGGACUUUUUCUGCCUCCCAGUCAUGUGAUCAGACAGUGAACCGGCGGGAGUCGAGAAGAGGUUUUCACUUCCAACGACAGCGCUUUCAGUAACUGUCAUUAAGAAAAGGACAAGGAACACAGCAUCAGACCUGCCGAGAGGAUAAAUGGAAAUGUCUUCUCAUAACAAUGAAGUGAUUCAUAAUGAUAUGUAGUGGUUUCAGAGCAGUGUUGUCAAAUGUUUCAUGUUGGGAUACUGCAUCCUUUUGUUAACCUUUUCCCUAGAAUUGUUUGUGUAAUGUAACUCCCUCGUUAAACAUAGACAUUUUUUAUUUCUGUCUGCAACACACAAUACUAAACACUAAUUCAGGAAAAAAAAAUGACUGCAAAAGGCAGGGAGAUGUAGGAAUUGUGUCAAAAUGCAUGAUAAGAUGGGCUUUGUUAAUGGUAGAACAAUUGAUCUAGAUUUUAAAUGUGAUCUGACCAACUUGUGCCUUUUAACAUAACCAAGACAAGUGUUUAAUACGAUUAUCAGGUUAUCAUCUUUUUCUGCUGAAAAACUGUGGAUCCUGUUAUGUGAAGUGAUUUAUUAUUUUUCUUUUCUUCCUAUUUUUUCCUCUCAGUAUUAAAAUGUUUCUCGUGAACUUGAUGCAGUAUGAUCUCAUUAACUUGAGAAAAUGUCCUGGAGGAAAAAAAAAAAAAAGAAAAAAAAAGAUGUCUUCUAAUCCUCGGAGGUAAUGGCAGAGAGAAGAAGAAAAAAAAAGGAAAGCAAAGCACUUGUGUUCAAUUAUGCCCUGAGAUAUUUUUGCCAAUUACCUAGAAGAGUUGAAUCACUUGAAUCGCUAUAUUAAGAGGUUGUGACAUGCAGCUAACAGAUUAAUUCCUGGAAUCCUUGUCUUAUGUGGUUCAGAAUUCGAGUGGAAGCAGAAGGAGCUGUACAAAUUGAACUUCGCCCUUUGGUAUCUGUGCUGAGCUGACACAUUACUCACAAGAUGUGUAAAACGUGGCUUCAAAUAAUUAGCUCAAAUAAGCAAAUGUGUUGGUGUGUUUUCGUCAAACCACUUCUCCUUUUAAGCGCUGGCACCAUUCCUGUCAUGUUCCCAGGACAAAAUGUCUCCUUCUCCACUUACUGUCCCUGUACACUGCCAAUUUCAUCAAGCUGGACUCCCUUUUCUAGUGGGUGUUUAUGUGCGUAUUAGUGUUUAAUAAUGGGUUGGUGUCUGCUAAGGGGUUAAACUUUAAAUAUCCCCAAAAUUUGGGUUCCCAUAAUGACAUAUCCUGACAUAUAGAAAAUUGCUGUCAUUAUGUUGCCAUAUUUGAAAGAAGGUCAGGAGAGAAGUGUUGGUAUUGUAUUGGACCUCAUACUGUGCUUGACUGUGGGAAUGAUUGGCGUGACUGCACUGGACUUGUUCCCCUAUUUGUUGAACCAUUGUGUGUAAAGUCUCAGCACUGGUGAAACUGUUUUGGUAGAGUAGAUUAUUGUUUUUUCCAUUGUGAUGUUUGACUGUAAAUAAACUAACUGUACUUGAUAUCA